AUGUCAGCGCCGCCAGUCCCCGUGAGCGCCAACCAGGGAGAUGCCCCGCGCCCUCGGGAGCCAUCAACCCUUUACAAGGCAACACCUGGUCGAGGUGGCCUCGGCUACCACAGCCUGCGCCACUCCAUCCCUGUUGCGCGGCUAACAGCCGAGACCCCACCAACCACCAACACUAACAGACAUCGCACCCGCCGCGUGCUACGCCCCUGGCUGCACCGCGUCGUGUACCGCUACCAACCGUAUCGCUACGCUAAUAGUUCCACCCGCCCCGCCGCGGAGCCUGGCAACAGCCCGGGGGGUGCGAGGGGUGCCUCCGAUGGGGGUGGGGGUGGUGCGGGGGAGUACUAUCAUAGCAAGCAGCGGGAGCUGAUGAGGAUGGAGGCGGAGGAGGCGUUUGAGAUGAGGAGUGUGGUUGUGGUGGGGCUGGGGUUGGUGAGUGUGGUGGUGGAGUGGAUGGUUUGGAGGGUGGUUGGGUGGAUGGUGGGGGUUGUUGGGGGGUUGGUUCUUUGA